CACAGGGACGGAGGAGGAGGACAGUUGCUGUGUGACAGUAGAAAAAGCAUGGAUGAUGCUAUCCUGAAGGGAUCACAUAGAUGCUGUCACUUGACUGGUUUGAAAUGGGUUUGAUCUUUUUACAAAGAAAACCGUAUAUUUUUUAACCAAUCCAUUCACGUAACUAGAGACUGUUGAUGUUACUGUUUUGCAAAAACAAAUAUCAACUUCAAGUAGUCUUUCAAAAAGAACAGCAGUCUGGUAAAAUCGAAAUAUAAAAGGAAAAUAAUUUCGGAGAUCGCCUAGUGUAAACUAAUCAUAAUGUAUCCAUGAGGACCAGAAGAUGCUCGAAUUUCUCUACCUCCCGGGUGCAUUUUCCGUGGUCGUGGACCCUCUUCAAGUGCCAUCCGCGGGGGUCGCUUCCCUUUCCGCCCCUCUUAUGUAAUCAAUGAAUAAGACGAUUGUUUCAAGCCAGGGUUAAUUUUUUUUAUCGGAAGACAUCCACCACCAGCGUGAUACAGUCGGGGCUGCACGGACAAUGUGCAGCAGAUAUUCUAUCAUAAACAAGACGUGUAUUUACGAUGAUGGGACCGCGGACACCGACAGAGCCAGACGCGACCAUGAGCCCGCUGCGUCGAUCCUCGAGAUCCCAUGGUGACAGGUCUGACUCCACGGAGACCCUCCAGAAGAACAACAGCAGCAACAGUGGAGUUAUUCUGGACAUCUCAGCCCUCAAGUUGGAGGUGGACUCUGAGGUCCCUCCUCUACCGCCCCGCUACCGCUUCAGGGACCUGCUGCUGGGGGACCAGUCCUUUCAGAAUGACGACAGGUAUCAGGAAGAGUACAGUAUGGACUCUACCAACGCCCAGGUUCAGGUGGAGUUCUAUGUGAAUGAAAACACCUUCAAGGAGAGGCUCAAGCUGUUCUUCAUCAAAAACCAAAGGUCAAGCCUGAGGAUCCGUCUGUUUAACUUCUCCUUGAAGCUGUUGACGUGUGCCCUAUACGUCCUCAGAGUGUCUCUGGACGAUCCCGAACAGGUCACUGGUGUAUGUGUGAACUGUCAGAACCGAACCAGCACCACAGCAGAAUCUACAGAAAGCACCGAAAUCAACUGGGAUUUGAUUUUCUGGGUGAACAGAAGGGUUCCUGUAUGGGCGAUACAGGUGAUCGUGGCCUUAAUCAGUUUCCUGGAAGCCAUGCUCCUUACAUAUCUCAGCUACAAAGGGAACAUCUGGGAGCAGAUGUUCCAGAUCUCCUUCAUCCUGGAGAUGAUCAAUACCGUGCCGUUUAUAAUCACUAUCUUCUGGCCUCCAUUGAGAAACAUCUUCAUCCCAGUGUUUCUCAACUGCUGGUUAGCCAAGUGUGCCCUGGAGAAUAUGAUUAAUGAUCUCCAUCGUGCCAUUCAGAGGACCCACUCGGCCAUGUUCAACCAGGUUCUCAUCCUCAUCUGCACCCUACUCUGUCUGGUCUUCACUGGGGCGUGUGGUAUCCAGCAUCUUGAGAGAGCAUCCAAUCAGAACCUGACUCUGUUCAACUCUCUGUAUUUCUGCAUCGUCACCUUCUCUACCGUGGGCUACGGUGACGUCACACCUCAUAUCUGGCCCUCUCAGCUGCUGGUGGUUAUUCUCAUCUGUGUGGCUCUCGUGGUCCUCCCGCUACAGUUUGAGGAGUUGGCCUAUCUGUGGAUGGAGCGUCAGAAGUCAGGAGGGAACUACAGCAGACACCGGGCCCAGACAGAGAAACACGCCGUCCUGUGUGUCAGCUCUCUGAAGAUAGACUUGCUCAUGGACUUCCUCAAUGAGUUCUACGCUCAUCCUAGAUUACAGGACUACUAUGUGGUGAUCCUGUGCCCUACAGAGAUGGACACCCAGGUGCGUCGUGUCCUCCAGAUCCCCCUGUGGUCCCAGAGGGUCAUCUAUCUGCAGGGCUCAGCGCUCAAAGACACAGACCUCAUGAGGGCCAAGAUGGAUGAUGCAGAAGCCUGUUUUAUCCUGAGCAGUAGGAAUGAGGUGGACCGCACUGCGGCUGACCACCAGACCAUCCUCAGAGCCUGGGCUGUGAAGGACUUUGCCCCAAACUGCCCCCUGUAUGUCCAGAUCCUCAAACCAGAGAACAAAUUCCAUGUGAAGUUUGCUGAUCACGUAGUCUGUGAGGAGGAAUUCAAGUUCGCCAUGCUGGCCCUGAACUGUGUGUGUCCAGCCACAUCCACACUGGUCACACUCCUGGUGCACACUUCCAGAGGACAGGAAGGCCAGCUGUCUCCAGAACAGUGGCAGAGGACGUACGGACGGUGCUCGGGGAACGAGGUCUACCAUAUCCGCCUCUGUGACAGCAAGUUCUUUGGGGAGUAUGAUGGGAAGAGUUUCACAUAUGCCUCCUUCCACGCACACAAGAAGUAUGGUGUGUGUCUGAUCGGGGUGAAGAGGGAGGACAACAAGAGCAUCCUGCUGAACCCUGGUCCUCGCCACAUCAUGGCUGCCCCAGACACCUGCUACUACAUCAACAUCACCAAGGAGGAGAACAGCGCCUUCAUCUUUAAACAGGAGGAGAAGGACAACAAGGGCCUGCCGGUGGCCGGGCUGUACGAUGCCCCCUCCAGGCUGCCUGUACACAGCAUCAUCGCCAGUAUGGGGACGGUCGCCAUGGACCUCCAGAACCCGACGGACCCCCCAGAGGACAGCAGCAAGCUGACCCUGCCCACAGAGAACGGGUCUGGAAGCAGACGGCCCAGCAUCGCCCCCGUCUUGGAGAUCGCUGACUCCUCCUCCAUCCUGCCCUGCGACCUGCUCAGUGACCAAUCAGAGGACGAGACCAACCAAUCAGAUGAAGAGAGCUCGUCGGUGUCCGAUUUUGUGAAAGGAUAUCCUCCCAACUCGCCCUACAUUGGCAGCUCUCCAACCCUGUGCCAUCUCUUACCCCAGAAAGCCUCGUUCUGCUGCCUUCGUCUGGACAAGGGUUGCAGGCACAACAGUUUUGAGGAUGCCAAGGCCUAUGGUUUUAAGAACAAGCUGAUCAUAGUAUCUGCAGAGAUGGCAGGGAACGGCCUCUAUAACUUCAUCGUCCCUCUGCGGGCCUACUACCGCCCCAGGAAAGAGCUCAACCCUAUUGUCCUGCUAUUAGACUACCCGCCUGACAACCACUUCCUGGAAGCCAUCUGCUGUUUCCCAAUGGUCUACUUCAUGGCCGGAACUAUAGAUAACCUGGACAAUCUUCUGCAGUGUGGCAUCAUCUAUGCUGAUAACCUGGUGGUGGUGGACAAGGAGAGCACCAUGAGUGCUGAGGAGGACUAUAUGGCAGACGCCAAAACCAUAGUCAACGUACAGACCAUGUUCAGGCUGUUCCCCAGUCUUAGUAUCAUCACUGAGCUGACCCACCCCUCCAACAUGAGAUUUAUGCAGUUCAGAGCUAAGGACUGCUAUUCUCUGGCUCUCUCCAAACUAGAGAAGAUAGAGCGUGAUAAGGGUUCCAACCUGGCCUUCAUGUUCCGUCUGCCGUUCGCUGCAGGCAGAGUGUUCAGUAUCAGUAUGCUGGAUACGCUGCUCUACCAGUCAUUUGUGAAGGACUAUAUGAUUCCCAUAGCAAGACUUCUACUAGGCCUGGACACCACACCAGGGUCGGGUUACCUGUGUGCAAUGAAGGUGACAGAGGAGGACCUGUGGAUCAGGACGUACGGCAGGUUGUUCCAGAAGCUGUGUUCCUCCAGUGCUGAGAUUCCUAUAGGCAUCUACCGUACAGAGUCUCACAUGUUCCCCUCUUCUGAGUUAAAGGAUGGGUACCCACAGUCUCAAGUCUCCAUCAAUGUAGAGGACACCGGCGGUGACGAUCAGAGGGACAACAGAAGCGAGUCAUGGAAGGAGAAGACCAGAACACACCGGAUGUCCACCACCAGCGAAUCAGAACACCCGUUACUGAGGAAGAAGAGCCUCCAGUGGGCGCGGCGUCUGAGCCGUAAGAACACCAAACCUCCAAGCCGCACCGAGCGGUUCUCACAGCAGCGCCUCAACCUGUACCGGCGCUCAGAGAGACAGGAGCUGUCUGAGCUGGUUAAGAACCGCAUGAAGCACCUGGGACUGCCCACUGUCGGAUAUGAGGAUGUUGCUAAUCUUACCGCGAGCGAUGUCAUGAACCGAGUAAAUCUAGGAUAUUUACAAGAAUUACAGGGCAUUUCAGAGCAGCCGUUAGGAGAGGAGACCAGAACAGGGGCAAACACAGAUGAGAUGAACGACCACCAGAACACUCUUUCCUACGUUCUCAUCAACCCCCCUCCAGACACCAUGCUGGAGCUCAAUGACAUUGUGUACAUUAUCCGGUCUGACCCUCUGGCGGGCCCUAACGUGCCGGAGGAUCCAGCCCAAGGGCAGAGCAGCGGUGGCGGCCGGAUGAGGCAAGACUUUGGCACUGAGACCAGGGACGAGACCCACCUCUGAAACUCCCUACCUCACCCCGAUUGCCAACCCCCGGCACUAUAUAUAUAUAUAUAUAUAUAUACACACCCACACACACACCCACACACACACACAAACACACACACACACACACACACACACACACACCCACACACACACACAAACACACACACACACACACACACACACACACACACACACACACACACACACACACACACACACACACACACACACACACACACACACACACACACACACACACACACACACACACACACACACACACACACACACACACACAGAGCUGCUAUGGAAGGAUGCAUAAAGACUGCCUCAUCAUUAAAUAACUACUUCACCUCUUGGAGAGCAUCAGACAGACCCUCUUUGCAACAGAUAAAACGGAAAGAGGGCACCAGUCACUGGAGGGAGAGAGAGACGGACCGGAAGCACGCCCCCUUCCGGACAAGUAAGCAACCAGAAGAGAUGAUGAUGUCAGAGGUCCUGUGACGCUCUUAAUAUUUAGAGGUUAGUUUGAUUUAGCUCGUUCACAUGCUUGGUGGAUGGAGCUCGCACUUUAGGACCAAUGGAAAGGUGUCACAAGAGCAAACUCUGUCUGUAUGGUAUGCUGGUGAGCUCGACCAAGCACACCUGGUGUGUGUGGGGGGACUGUGUAGUUAUCAGUUACGAUAGCAAGACGUGUACGGAGUUUGGUACAGAAAUGGUUAUUCCUUAUCACAAUGUUAAGGCAGUAUUCUUACAAAUCAAUCAUGAUAGUACAUAAGCACUUUUUAAAUUACAUUGAUUUUUGUUUUUUAAUUUCCUAUUUUCAAUGUAGAAAACAUUGUAUCUUAUAUAGGGACCCUUUUACUGCUCAUGCUCGAUGUCUCUCCAUUUUGUUUUAUAACAUGACAUUUCUUAUUAAAAGUCUAGAAUAGUAAAGGAAUUGAAGAACCUAUAUAAAUUCUUCCAUGCCACUACAAUAUGUCGCUCUAUUUGUGCCAUAUGGUAUCUGGAUAUUUAUUUUAUAUCUGUCAGUGUUCUAGUUAAGCUAAUGUACAACCAUUCCUUAUUUCUGACAGGAUUUUAUGAAUGAUUGUACAUUACAGUACAAUGAUCCUGAUUUUCAAAGCGGUUUACCGUGGAAAACCUAUGUUGUUUUGCACAAUAAGAGACAGGCACAGUAAAAGUGAACGUUCACUACAAAAUGAAAGUUUGUAAUAUGUUUUCAGAUGCUAAAAGUAAUCCACUGUAAAGAUGAGUUGGAGUUAACUAUCACUUGAAGUCUGUUAGUAUGGCCAGUACAUGGGCUUGGAUUGGAGUACAGUGUUGCAAAGCUGGAUUCCAAUAUGUCCUUUCACUUAUACAGGAAUCACUUGUACAGUAAAUGUAGUAUUGUGUGUGUAGAUAUUGAAUCAUUAUUUAAGGGUUAGGAGAUGUAUUUAUGUUUUAUUUUUUAUUCGAUACUGUUGGACUAAUAUGUGUGGUUUUAUCAUUGUAAAUAGUCUAACACUUUUAAUCUUCAUUGUUUCGUUACAAAAAAAAUCUGGGUCAUUAUUACAGAAAUGAUAACAAGAAGGUCUUGAAAUACUUUUGCACUAAGCUCUGUGGUCGUUAAGAGCAUUAUAGCAUGACCCUUUAACCCGAAACUUAACUACACAAUAAAACAGACUACAAUAUUCACAGCACAGUAUGAGUCAUACAUUCAGAGAGAGGUGGUAUAAACACAAUAUCAACUUAGUUAAGUUUGCAAAGUUUAAGGUUCAUUGUCAUUGUAAAUUAUACAAUAUACUUUGUCCAUUUAGAUGGAAAUUUUGGGGGUGAAGCCAGCAUACAAAUACACACAAAAAGAGUAGACCAUAAUACAUGCAUUUCCUGACUGCAUGAAUACGAUUAGGUUGUUGAGAACGUUUGUUAUGAUGGAGGAAAGGCAACUGAUACUUUGAUAUCAGGACUGAAGUUGUUUAAUAUAUAUUUCUUGCUGUGUUUGAGAUGUAUAGUAUUCCCACAUUGUCCAUUGAUUUACUGUAAGUGUAGAUAGAAUAUGUUUGAUUCUAGCCAGGCCCCCACAGAAAGGCAGUUUACAGAUCUGGAGGACUAAAGAAGAGUACAGUUGAUCACCAUGGAAACAAUGAGCGUGUACAAUCCCAUCAGUCACCAUAUAAUUAGAAUCCAUAGAAAAUCUGUUUGUGGUUUUUGAAGUUUAUACUGUAGUUUAGUUUGGGGCAUGCGAACACAAAAAGCAUGUUUUUAAAUAAAGCUUGCCAAACCAGAUAUGUUUUCCUACAGCUAGAUUGCCGACCUGUGUGAAGUAUCACUAGAAAAUGAAUCUGAUGAUAAUAUUCAUCAGAUACUUUUUUUUCAUCAGAUACUUUUUUGUAAGCAUAUCAUUUGAUAUCUUUAUAUGGAACCAUGCAUGUUCUCCAAAAACCUCUGUUCACUUUAUCAUGUUCUUAAUUCGUUGUGAAAAGGUCAAUUUUCUACUAUUUCUUAUUAUGAAGUCUGUGUACUUCUCUACCAUGAUGUAAAAUAUGAAACAAUAAAUGCUACAUGCAGCAGGGAACAUUGAAA